GUCAUCAUGGUUAGUAGAAGUACCUUUAGUAUAGCGUCCGGAUGGAUAAGUUUAAUGAGUUGGGUCGUUGUAUACACCCCGCAGAUUUAUGAAAACUAUCGUUUGAAAUCUGGUGAAGGUUUAUCUUUGUUCUUCGUUUUAGUUAUGUUAUUAGGUGAUUUAACCAACUUAAUCGGCGGUGUUAUGAUAAAUUUAUUACCCCCAAUGCUCUUACUCGCAUUGUACUACACAAGCUGCGACGUCAUUUUACUAUACCAGAUGUACAUCUAUCGUCUCAAACCAGAUCAAGAAACUGACGAGAGAGUGCAUCUCCUCCCUAAACGUGAUGUCAGUCCGGAGGAAUUACACAACCAACAUAAGAGACAGAGAUUCGUAAAUUUCCUUUGUACGGGUUUGGUUAUAGCUACAGGUUUUAUAGCCUUCAUUAUCAAUAUUAAUAAGCCAUACAACGGUCCACAUGAACAACACUCAGAUUGGAAAGGUCAGGCAAUCGGAUGGACAUCCGCAUUACUCUACACUACCUCUAGAAUCCCACAGAUAAGAAAGAACAAUGUAACUAAAUGUGAAGGUUUAUCUAUCCCAUUAUUCUGUUUCGCUUUAUCCGGUAAUAUAAGUUACGUGCUUCAAGUAAUCUUCGAAUCAACAGAUUUUAAUUACAUUCUCAUAAAUUCAAGUUGGCUCACAGGUACAGUUGGUACAAUCAUUCUCGACCUCGUCGUUCUUGGUCAAUACAUUUAUUAUCAACAUUGGGAAGCAUCGAGACUUACUAGCAUCGAUCGCGAGAAUACAUAAACUAGUUGAAAAAAUAGUAGAAACACCGGAUACAUCUACCCGGAUAACUCGCGAUAUAGCUAUCGCAGGAUAUUUAUUCAUAGCAUCACAUCACAACCAAUCUAACUUGUUCU